GAGAGAGAGGGAGAGAGAGGGAGAGAGAGGUAGAGAGAGGAAUCAGCGUCAGAGCGACCAGAUCCGCCUGAACCGCCUGAAAAACACGGACAUUAAAGCUCCUCCGGGACUCUCGGCUGACGGUUGGUGGAUUAAAAAGAAAAAAGAUCCCAGUUAUGGAGGAACUUCAUGAUGUCCAGCUGACUGAGAUCAAGCCGCUGCUCACAGGACAGAACGGGAGAAACCUCCAGGACUUUGAUUGUCUGGAGCAUGAUGUGGAGACAGCCCACGGUGUGCUGCAUGUCACUAUGAGGGGGGUUGCUAAGGGCAACCGACCCACAAUCCUCACCUACCACGACAUCGGACUCAACCAUAAAUCUUGUUUCAACAGUCUGUUUAACUACGAGGACAUGCAAGAAGUGACGCAGCACUUCUCAGUUCUGCAUGUUGAUGCUCCAGGACAGCAGGAGAACGCUCCCGUAUUCCCCACCGGGUACCAGUAUCCCACCAUGGAUGACCUGGCUGAGAUGCUUCCAUCCGUCCUCACGCAGCUUCAGGUGAAGAAUGUGAUCGGUAUCGGCGUCGGGGCUGGAGCCUACAUCCUCACUAAGCUGGCUCUAAACGAGCCCAGUUUAGUGGAGGGUUUGAUUCUGAUCAACAUCGACCCCUGUGCCAAGGGCUGGGUGGACUGGGCCACCUCCAAGCUCAGCGGCUGGACGAGCAACCUGGGGGACGUCAUCAUGGGACACCACUUCAGCACCGACGAGUUAUCCGAGAACAAGGAGAUCGUCCAGACGUACAGGCUGCACGUCUCUCAGGACAUACCGCAGGACAACCUGGCCCUGUUCUACACCAGCUACGACAGUCGUGUUGAGUUGCAGAUGGAGCGGCCGGUCCCUGGCCUGAAUGAAAACACAGUCAACACUCUCAGGUGUCCUGCUCUGCUGGUGGUUGGAGACACGUCUCCUGCCGUGGAUGCUGUGGUGGAGUGUAAUUCCAGACUGAACCCCACCAAGACCACCCUGCUCAAGAUGGCAGACUGUGGAGGACUUCCUCAGGUGGUUCAGCCUGGAAAGCUGGCCGAGGCCUUUAAGUACUUCGUCCAGGGCAUGGGCUACAUGCCCACGGCUGGCAUGACCCGGCUGGUUCGCUCCAGGACCCACUCGGCCUCCAGCAUGGGCUCCGUGGAGGGAGCCCGCAGCCGCAGCGCCACCAACACGCAGCCAGCGGGCGCCAGCCCCGAGCACGCCGCCUCGCACGCCAUCGAGAUGACGGCAUAGGACCCGCCCUCCCUUCCUGCUCUGCUCUCCAUCUUCUCCUCAGGUUCUGGUGUCCACCUGAACCGGCGUCGAUCACAGCUGAUCAGAGUUGUCAACAUUCUUCCAAAAAGCGGAACGUUCUUCAAGGUGGAGAUGAAAGUUUGAAGUCUCCCUCCUCCCCCCGUGUUUAGAGGUGGAGGGUUCUGGUUGGCGGCUCUGCCGCCUGGUUCUCUUCUAGAUGCUGAUGUUGCCCCGCUUCCAUGGAGACCUCCUGUUGCCAUGGUGAUGCUUUAGCCGUAACCGUACAUGUGUUCAGUUCAUAUUUAUAAGCAGGUGUGUUUUUCUCAGGUCUCUUCUCUAAAUGUGCUUCUGAUCUUUUUAUCUUACUUUUAUUAUUCUAACCAUUCUGAAUGUUGUUCAUGGUGGUGGUGUUUUUUUUGAAGAAAUAAGCUCCUUUUUAAAGUUUAACUGUUUUCCUGCCAAUAAAAUGACAUUUAAGGGAAUAUUUCACCAAAAACAGAGGCGUGCUUGACCCAGAUAUUCUGCUAAUCUCUGAGUAAACAAGUAAACAGAACGACAUGAGAACACAUUUAAAAACACAAAGAUGUCACUGAAAUGAGUCACAGACGCUGUAUAAAGAUCCGGUUCAACAGUAACUUUAAACAUCAAAACGGUUGUUAAAGCUCAUCAGCAUGAGUUUGUUUCUCAGUUUCAUCACAAACAGAAAAUGUUUAUUUUAACACCGAACUAGCGGUUAAAAACUCCUGAACAAACACGGAGCUGCAUUUGGACACUUGUUCUGACGUGAACGUGUUUGGUUUUCUUUGGUUCACUUGAAGCUCUUUUUAAUCCUCUGAGCUCUUCCUGGGACCCCGAAACCUCAUCUGUUCUUUUAUUUCUCUACAAGACGUUUCUUCCCGUCUGAGGUUCAGACCGGUCCACCACAGAGACUUGAUUCCAGCCGUUUCCUGGUGAUUUGUACUGAAACUGUAGCCGCUGGGUCACCCUGAGGUUCUUUACUGGAUAUUGUUCUGAUUUAUUUAGAAUGUGAACAAAUGUUUGUAAUUAAAUAAACUCAAUG